UCAGGGACUGAUUUAGACCUGGGACCCCAGCUGUGUGCUAUUACUUAUUAGGUAAGACAGAAAACCAGCAGGCUUCGGACCUCGUAGUGUAAGAGUUGAAUACCCCUGCGACCUACUCAGGGGAUAAUGUGAACUGAAGUGAGAGAACAUUUCGGUAAGAGGAGGAGGCAGAAAGGAGGGAGGAGGGGGAGAUAAGGUGAAAAUGUAAAAAUAGACAAUCAAAUAAAAGGAGAGAGAAAGAGUGGGAGCAGAAUUGGACCAUAAAAACAGAUGCCUUCAAAAGGUGUGUGAAAAGGAGAGAAAAAGCUAUGCAGCCGGCAAGACGCAGGAGAACAAGGAAAAUAGCAACGGAGGACAGAAGCAAGUGAAACUGCCUGCCAUCUUGACCACAAUGCACCUGACUAUAAACCUGCUCUGCCUGCUGGUCCUGACCUUUCACCCUGACCCAGCCAUGCACUGGAAAGCACCUCUUCCCCCUCCAGAAGGCUGAGAUUUGGCAUGGGCCCUCAGAUCCUCAAAAAGUUAUACAGCUGCACCAUUGAGAGCAUCUUGACUGAUGGCAACUGCAAGACACCCCGACCGCAAGGCACUACAAAGGGUGGGAGGAAGAUCCCAGCGCAAACAAAGGCAGGCUGAGGACAGUCUAAGACCAUACCUGGGUAGAGUGGACCCAGUCCAACUGUGUGAGCUGCUGAAGUGUCACAGUCCAAUGGGCUCCUGGUGCCAAGUGGUGCAGGACAACGAAGUCCUCGUCCCAAAGUGUGUGUGUCCGAAGACCUGCCCACGGCAGGGGGCACCAGUGUGCAGUGUUCUGGGAAAGACCUAUGGGAAUGAGUGUCUGCUGCAUAGAGAAGCCUGCCGCAAGAGACGUCGCAUUGGACUGGCUCAUAUAGGACCCUGUCUUGUUCCCAAGGCAAACUGCACAGAGGAGGAGUAUGGCCAAUUCCCAUACCGUCUAAUGGACUGGUUCCUCCUAUUAAGUCGUAUGGGAAAGUCUUAUGCCCCCUAUGCCCUGCCCCAGAGCUGCCUGAGCCAUACCCAGCGCACCCAACUAGCCCAGCGGCGGUUUGCCCUGCUGGACAGGAACAAGGACGGGAAGCUGAGCCAGAGGGACCUGAGGAAGUUGCGCUACAAGAGGAUGCCUCUCGAGCAAUGUGCUAACUUCUUCUUCCAGUCAUGUGACCAUAACAAGAACAGUAAGGUGACCCUGCAUGAAUGGAUCUCCUGUCUGGUGGAUCGCUCAGAGAGCUGGUUCCAAAACUUCAUGUCUAUGCAAAUGGGAUCCGGUAAGCUGUGUCCCAUGAAGACCGACAACCACCUUUGACCUGGACAUGAACACAUCUCCUCUCGCUUGUCUACAUGUGCAUCUGUUUAUCACUGCUAUCUACAAUAAUAAGCAUACAGAAUGAUCCACUGUUCUCCACUUCCAGCAUCAUACUCCCCUAACUGUCACACUCAGUACUGUGUUUGUUUUUGACUUAUGACAUCUGUUUUGUGACGGUCACUGUACAUUCAUCUGUGUGGAGAAAUGGCCUGUAAUAAAUGUCUGAGACCUG